UAUAUUGUUGACCUACUCUGUGUAAGCAAAAGCAAAUGGCUCUUGAGUGAUCGUCUUGUGUAAAAACGAAUAUUAUUUUGCUUUUUCAGAUUGUGCAGGAAUAAAGACCGUCUGUUGGAGCAAAGUGCUUUUGUUUAUUUAUUCAAACGUGCAACACAAACUUCAACAAAAUACUGACGCAUGAAAAGUAGUGCACAAUUCAACACGACAAGGUCGCCUGCGCUGGUGCAAAAUUGCACCCAGCAAUAUCCAGCAUAAUAGUCCAAUUGCAAGCACAGGCUCACACGCAGCCAGAGUUCCAGCGGCAUACGAAGCGUCAACAGUGGAAAAGGUCGCACGGUCCGUUACAAUAACUUUCGAGACCACAAAGCUAUUUUCAUCAGUCGGUGACAGAGUCGAAGAUUAUUUGUCUCGCUGGCUUGGUUGGUGCUCCCGUUGGUGAAAGAGCAUGUUCUCUUGACAACUACUAAAUUUCCAAAGCCAAUGACAGAACUAAUUGGGUUCAAACCUCCUUAAAGGGGCCGUGUGCCACCCAGGAGUCCGUAAAGCAGAUGUUUCGGGCAGAUUAGUAAAAAUGCUACAGUGUUUAAAAAUGACAUGGCUGCAACGAUGCAUCUGACAGGAGCCAUAUCUAUUUUAAACCAAUAAAUUACUGACACCUCACCCGUAACUCCAAACACUCAGUUGUAACAUCUUCAGCAAUAACAAAAGAAACAAGGGUGGUGAAGCUAUGAAGAUGGAGAAUGGUCAGAGUACAGGUUCAAAGCUUGGCCUGCCACCACUCACCACAGAGCAGCAGGAGGCGCUACAGAAGGCGAAGAAGUAUGCAAUGGAGCAGAGCAUUAAGAGUGUUCUGGUGAAGCAGACCAUCGCUCACCAGCAGCAACAACUAACUAACCUCCAGAUGGCAGCAGCGACAAUGGGCUUUGGAGAUCCCCUCUCACCUUUACAAUCGAUGGCAGCCCAGCGGCAGCGUGCGCUAGCCAUCAUGUGUCGAGUUUACGUGGGCUCAAUUUACUAUGAACUGGGGGAGGAUACUAUACGUCAAGCUUUCGCUCCCUUUGGACCUAUCAAAAGCAUUGAUAUGUCCUGGGACUCUGUCACCAUGAAACACAAGGGAUUUGCCUUUGUGGAGUAUGAAGUGCCAGAGGCAGCACAGCUUGCCCUGGAACAGAUGAACUCGGUCAUGCUGGGAGGCAGAAACAUCAAGGUGGGCAGACCAAGUAAUAUUGGUCAGGCUCAACCCAUUAUUGACCAGCUAGCAGAAGAGGCACGGUCCUUUAACCGUAUCUAUGUAGCAUCAGUACAUCCAGACCUGUCUGAUGAGGACAUCAAGAGUGUCUUUGAGGCUUUUGGGAAAAUCAAAUCCUGCACGCUAGCCAGAGACCCCACUACGGGCAAACACAAAGGUUACGGCUUUAUUGAAUAUGAAAAGGCUCAGUCUGCUCAGGAUGCUGUUUCCUCGAUGAACCUCUUUGACUUGGGUGGUCAGUUUCUUCGUGUCGGUAAAGCGGUCACACCUCCCAUGCCGCUGUUAACUCCUGCCACCCCCGGGGGCUUACCGCCCGCUGCAGCAGUGGCAGCAGCAGCAGCCACAGCCAAGAUCACAGCACAGGAAGCAGUAGCUGGAGCUUCAGUCCUAGGUGCACUCACAACGACCACAGCACUGACGUUGGGGCAGCCACUAGGGUCUCUUCCACUGGCAGUAAUGGCAGCACAAGCACCCGGUGUCAUCACAGGUGUGACCCCGGCCCGGCUGCCCAUCCCAAUUACUAUCCCACAGGUUGGGUUAGUGAACCCAGUCCUGGCUUCCCUGCCAACGCUAAUAGCCGCUGUGGAGGCCAAGAAAGAGGAUGAGAUGGGAGCAGACGGGGAGCGAACAGAAAUGCUGAGCGAACAGGAACAUAUGAGCAUCUCGGGCAGUAGUGCCAGACACAUGGUCAUGCAGAAACUGAUGAGGAAACAGGAGUCGACGGUGAUGGUGCUUCGGAACAUGGUUGGUCCCGAGGACAUUGAUGAUGACCUUGAGGGCGAGGUGACGGAGGAGUGUGGGAAGUUUGGGGCAGUGAACCGCGUGAUCAUCUACCAGGAGAAGCAGGGGGAGGAGGAGGACGCCGAGGUGAUCGUCAAGAUAUUUGUAGAGUUCUCAACGGCAACCGAGAUGGACAAAGGCAUCGAGGCGCUGAAUGGGCGCUGGUUUGGAGGCAGGAAAGUCAUCGCUGAGGUGUACGACGAGGAGCGCUUCAACAACAGCGACCUGUCUGCUUAAAUAUUCUCGCUCUCACACUCGCACCCUGCCACAGUUACUGUCCUUUUUUGCUUUUAAUAAUUUUUUAUAUUAUUAUUAUUAUAAUAAUAAUAAUAAUAAUAAUAAUAAUUACUGUUCAUAUGCUCUUGGGGAUGAAAAGAUACAAAUAUGAUGGCAGCUUCUCCUGGAUUGAUAGACUGUCUGUUUUUGUUAUUUGUUUUAAUUUUGUCUUUGUUCCAUAUUGUGAAGGACUGGAUAUAUUAAUGAGAUGUGUGUUUCUUUUUUUAUAUCUGAAUUACAUAGUAAAUUGUCAUUACCAAGAGGAUAUAACUCUGUCCAUCUUUUCAAAAAAAUAAAAAUAAAGAACAGUAGGGUAGCUCAUUUGAAAUGUUCCACUUUGCUUUUGAGCUGUAAGUCGCAAUUCAUAGAAUGGUUAAAUCUUAUAGUAUGAAACCUUUGCUGUUAGUAAACGUUGCACUUUUAUUGAA